AUAAAGAAAAGAAAGGAAAAAAAAAUACAAAGUCAACAAGGGGUGGCCAAAGCUCUGGCAUCGAAUCCAAGACCAAACCCAAAACAAAAACCAAAAACGGUUUCACAAAACCCACAAAUUCCGACCUCAUCACUGCAUAUACUUGUACAAUAACUCAUAUCCAUUUCCAUAUGCGUAUGAAUCGCCGGUUUUUGGAUUUAAUCAGGAUCCAGCAGCAGAUUACAAUCCAUACCCCUCUUUUGGGUCUUCUUGUUCUGCGUUUCUGAAGAUUUAAGAGGCGUGGAUCGCUCGUGAAUUCUGUGGUAACCCAUCUGUUAAAAUCAUUUGGCAGGAAAAGUUGGUGUUUAAGGUGACCGGGGCUAAAUUUGAUGGAUAAUUUUUGUUGCUUCAGUUCUCAGCUUUCAGGGGGACGAUCAUCAUAUGGCUCUGGAAAAGGAAGAAGCCAUCAGGGGCAUACCAAGUAUGGAUUCACUCUGGUUAAAGGUAAAGCAAAUCAUCCGAUGGAGGACUAUCAUGUUGCUAAAUUUGUUCAAUACCAUGGACGCGAGCUUGGACUUUUUGCUAUUUAUGAUGGGCAUCUCGGGGAUAAGGUACCAGCGUAUCUGCAAAAGAAUUUGUUUCACAAUAUCCUAAAGGAGGAGGAGUUUUGGACUGAUCCAGGUAGGUCCAUUUCCAAAGCCUAUGAAAGAACAGAUCAAGCCAUUUUAUCACAUAGUCCCGACUUGGGUAGAGGUGGAUCUACUGCUGUUACUGCAAUCCUUAUGAAUGGUCGAAACCUUUGGGUAGCUAAUGUUGGAGAUUCAAGAGCAGUUCUUUCAAAGAGAGGGCAAGCAAUUCAGCUGAGUGUUGAUCAUGAGCCCAACACUGAGCGCAGCAGCAUCGAAACCAAGGGGGGAUUUGUCUCAAACAUGCCAGGAGAUGUUGCAAGAGUAAAUGGACAAUUGGCCGUUUCCCGUGCUUUUGGAGACAAGAACCUGAAAUCGCACCUGCGAUCUGAUCCUGAUAUAACGAGUGCUGAUGUGGAUGGGGAUACUGAUCUUCUCAUCAUUGCCAGUGAUGGUGUAUGGAAGGUCAUGGCUAACCAAGAGGCUGUUGACAUAGCAAAGAAGAUCAAGGACCCGCAGAAGGCAGCCAAGCAAAUAGUAGUCGAAGCAUUGAACAGAGAGAGUAAAGACGACAUCUCCUGCAUUGUCGUCCGUUUCACCGGGUGAAACGCAAGAGAACAAUCCCGGCAUGCAGGAUUUGUAUAUUAGGGGGUUUCUGUUGCAGGGGAUUUUUAUUGCUCGUUCAUGCAGAUCACCAUAAGAUGGAAUUUAUUCCCAAACAGGUUAUAGAUACUUCGUUAUAUGCCCUCCCUUCGUGUAAUAUGUUAAUUUUUUGUGCUCGGGUUGCGUGGUUUGCCGUUGUUUUUUACCUUUAGUAAAUCAGCCAUUGGAUAGCUGCGUGCUGUUGACAGGAUAUGGAUUCUUGUAAUAUCAAUAGUGUAUUCAUUUGUUUGAGAAUGGACGAACGACAUUUCAUAUAA